CCAGCGGGGCCGGGGAGAAGGAACCCGGUCUUUGGCAGCGUCCCUCCUGCGCGAUCCGCCUGCUGUGAUGGCUGGCCCGCGGUCCUUCCUGCUGCUGCUGCUGCUCGCCCUGGCGGCGGCCGCCCACGCCGAGCGCAUUCCCCGCCUCAUCGGCGGCCUCUCCGAAGCCAAUGUAAACGAUGAGAACGUGCAGCGCGCGCUCAACUUCGCCCUGAGAGAGUUUAAUCAGGCCAGUAAUGACAAGUACGGCAGCCGAGUGUUCCGAGUGUUGGAAGCCAAGAAACAGCUUGUGGCUGGUAUAAAAUAUAUUUUUCAAGUUGAAAUUGGUCGAACCACCUGCACCAAGUCUGUGGCUGAUUUUUCCAACUGUCCUGAUCAUAAGGAACCACCUCUAAAAAAGCACUCCAUCUGCAAUUUUGAGGUGUAUACUAUUCCUUGGAUGGGUAAAACCAACCUUGUGAAGAGUGAAUGCCGUGAUAUCUAAGCCUAUCCUUGCAUUGCAUAUGUCUUGCAACCAAUCUGAGCUACAGCUGUUUUCUCUUUUUUGAAAAAAAGAGCAAUAACACAACCCAUUUGAUUCAUUAUUACCUAAGUGUUAGUGCUGGGCAAAGCAAUGAUGUAAUCUCCCUAAGGUGACAGGAAGAAGAAAUAAAGGCUUGUGAAAGUA